AUGAUAGAGGAAUUUUUUAAUAGUAGUGAAUUAAAUGAUGUUAAUAGUGAUGAAAAUGUAAUACCAAGAGUUCAAUUAAUAUUUUUAUGUGUUUUUGUUGGACUUUUUGGUGUAUCACUUUAUUAUAUAAUUUCAAGAUGGAGUAAUGGAAUUCGAUGUCAAAUCCUAGAAUAUUUUUCAGGAGUUUUAUUAAUUUUCAUCAUAAGUCAAAUAUUAUUUUUAACAAAUUGGUUAAGUAUAAUUCAUUUUUCAAAAGAAAUUCCAUAUGUUGAAUUAUUUGGAAAUUUAUUUUAUAUUUUAGGAAAUGGAUUAUUUUUAUUAUUAUUAUUAAUAAUUGGACAAGGAUGGACAAAUAGUACCCAAUAUGGUGUAAAUGUUUUCCAAAGAAUUUUAAACUAUUUAAUAACGUUAUCAAUGAUUGGUUUAAGUUGGACAAUUUAUAUAAUGUUUGUUUUUGAUGUUGAAUUUAAUGCAAACAAUAAUAAUAAUAAUAGUAAUAAUUAUAGCUAUUUUUUAGAUACAACACCAGGAUACAUUUUGGUCUCAUUGUAUGGUGUAAUAGUUGGAUUCUUUUUAUUUAGUAAUCAUUUAUAUUAUCGUAUUGAAAUUGAUGGUUCUAAAAAGAAGUUGAUGUUCAUUUUCACUGUUGUAUUCCUAAAUUGGUUCCUUUUGCAUCCAAUUGUAAUCAUUGUUGCUCAUUUCAUUGAUCCAUAUAUAAAGUAUAGAGUUGUAACCAUAUUGAAUCUAUUAAUUAAUACAAUAUUUUUCAUUUUAUUAUUGUUUUUAUUCCGUCCAAAAUAUAAUCAUAACCAUGGUCAUUUCUUAAACCGAUUCUUUGGUAAUAAUAAUCGUGAUGAAGAGGAUGACGAAGAUGAGGAUAAUGAAGGAAAUGAUGAAGAUGCUGAUGAUUAUAAUGUUGCAAGUAGUAGUAGUAACCCUAAAAAUGAAAAAAAACAAUUAUUACCAAGUAAUCCAACUCCAACAAUUGAAAUUUCACAAUAA